ACGGGCGCAGCAGAGCCGGGGCUGAGGGGCACAGCGAGGCUCGGCCGGCGGAGCGGCGGCAUGCGGCGGUGUCGGGGCGCGGGGCUGGCGGCGCUGGCCGCGGUGCUGCUGCUCGGGGCUGUGGCCAGAGCCCAGGUACAGCAGGAGGCGUCACUGGAGACCACCGAGGGCAUCGGCAUCAACAUCACCUGCUCACAUCCCAAAAUCCAGACCAGCGACUGGAUCCAGUGGUAUCGUCUGCUCCCGGGCCGAGGACCUGAACUCCUCGCACUCACUAUGAAAGAGUCCAAAGAGCUGCCGACCAUUGCGGACCAGCUGCGGGUGUCGGCAGACCGGCGCUGGAGCGCGCUGUGGCUCGGGCGGCCCCGGCGCGGGGACGCGGCCGUGUAUUACUGCGCGCUGGGGCAGAGUGAGGAAUACUUUGGUUUAGGGGUGCAACUGUGUGUUACUGCUGCUCUUGUCUUUGGGAAUGGAACUCAACUGACUGUGCAGCCCAACAUUCCAGAAACUUCUGUCCCUCAAGUCAUUGUGAUGAAAUCAAAGCAACUGAAAGAAGGUGGCAGCACUGGGAAAGCAGCUUGUUUGGCAAGGAACUUCCUUACAAAGGACAUCAGCUUGGAGAUGCCCUCUCAGGAGGUCGUAUAUGAACAGAGCACAUCCAUUUGGACGUCAGAGGGGUUGUACAAUGCAAUCAAAGUGGUCAAUGUGACAAAAGACACAGAGGUGACCUGCACGGCCCAAUCCCACAACAGCACGAUAGCAACACAGCCAGAAGAGGAGGCUGAAGAACCAGGAACAGGCACCAGUGACAGGGUUUGCAACAGCACAGACCCCUCAGCACAAGACCCCGAAGGGCAGAGAGUGAACAUGCUGUCCAUGGCUGUGCUGGGUUUGAGAGUCCUGCUGGCAAAGAGCAUCGCCUUCAAUGUCCUCAUGAGUAUCAAGCUGUUUCUUUUCUGAGACAUGGGGAAUGAAGGCAAGAGGAGCCUGAAGAAGAGCAGGAAAGAACGUGAACCAACAGCACAAGGGGGUUGAACAAGCAGGGGCAGAGCUGCUGACAGAGGCCACCCAGGACACAAGGCAGCACCUUCCCCUGAAGACAUUGAAUACUGUUCACUUCUGCCUGGCCAGCUGAUUUACACUGAAGACUUCUAAGUGCUUUUGCUCUAUCCUCUCCUCUGACAACUCAGGAGAGUGGAUUUAUCCUCAUCCUCCUGCUGAGUAGAUCUCCCCACUCUUUCUGGCAUUUGCACUCAAGGGUCCAACCUGCUUCAAUAGCGUUGAAGUCUCCAAUGCUCACUCUAGAUAGAUGGCCUUUUAAAAGCACCUUUCCCAGGCAUGUUGUGUUACUGCCUGUGGAAGGGGAGCAGCACUGCUGACGGAAUUCAAGCCCAGUAGUUCCCAUUUGGAGCUUCAGGUCUGAGGUAGAUUUAAUAACAAUAAGAAUGUAUGCCAGAUAAGAAGAGCUUUGUUCGACCUUAAGUGAUUUAAUUCAGCCAGAUAAUGUUCAUUUCUUUAUUAAGCCUGUAUUUUUUCUACCAAAUGAAUUGCACAUGCAUCUUAGGUUCCU